UGGUGCGACGGCGCAGACAGGAUUCAAGACCGUGACGGCGACCUCGUCAAGGCAUGGGCGGACCAGGCUGACGGACUUGUCACGUUCGCGGCAUUAUUCUCAGCCGUCGUCACAUCUUUCAUCCUAGAGAGCUAUACGGCUCUCCAGCCAGACCCCAAGAUGAUCACUAUCGACCUCCUCCGCCAGAUCGCGGCACAACUGAAUGGCACUACCCCGUCGGCCACGGAGGGACUGGUUUUCGGAUCGGGCGUCCCGUUCGAGCCCGCACUCACGGACGUCCUGCGCAACUCUACUCUAUUUGCAAGCCUCAUAUGCAGCCUCCUCGCGGCCGGGAUGGGCAUAUUCUACAAAGAAUGGCUGCGCGAGUACACACGCGAUCUCCCGGACGACCCGCGCGAGCUCUUGCGCACGCGCCAGUUCCGAUACCUCGGCAUGCAGAGAUGGCGGAUGCAGGAAAUCCUAUCGGGCAUCUCGAUCUUCCUCCAGCUCGGAGUCGCGUUCUUCAUCCUCGCCGUCGUGCUCUUCGCCUGGCCGCUGCACCCAAUCGUGCGCCUCGUCCUCAACGUCUUCGUCAUCAUUUGGGUCGUCUUUUGGAUCGGGACCGCGUUCUGCCCCCUGGUGUCGGCAGACUGCCCGUUCAGAUCGCCCCUUUCCCGUGCCAUUUUUGGAGCCAUCUCGUUUACGAGAUAUAUCUGGCGCAAAGGGAGG